GGCUUCUGUCCCCCGCCGCCUUCUUCUCGUCGUCUCAGCCCCGAGGCCCCAGAGAGGCGAGGUCCUUUCCUCCCGCUGACUUGCUCUGGCCCUUUCGGGGUGCGUAGUUGGGGGCUGCGCAGUCUACGGCGAGGCCUGGUUUCACUUUGUGCCCGGCAGAUACAACCUUUGUCCCUAAACACCACUUGGCAUCGCAUGAACUCGCUGGGCUCACACCCGAGCCAGCGCGUCGUGACCCUCAUCCGAACAAACAAACCGCCUGUGAUCUGCGGAUGUUCCGCCGGCGCAGGAAGGGCUCCGUCCGCCCUGCACACUCCUGACUCGGCUUCCUCUUUCUCCCGAGGGUCAGAAGUGCGACCAAAGCAAUUCCUGUCGGUCUCCGAGACCAUGCGGGGCUGCCGGCUGCAGUCCAGGACGCCGACAGCACCGAGGCUCCGCGCCAGGCCGGGUCCGCACCGCCGAUCGCCCCGCGCCGCCCCGAGGCCCUGACUCGGCCGCGGCCCCGACUGGACCCGCCCCGCUCGGCCCGACCCGCUCCCGGACCGCCCUCCCGGCCAUGGCUGUGGCGGCCGCGCUGCUGCUGCUGGCCGCGCCCGCCCUCGGUGCGCAGGCCCCCACGCGCGCCUUCAGCGAGGACGUGCUCAGCACCUUCGGCGCCAACCUCAGCCUCUCGGCCGCGCAGCUCGGGCUGCUGUUCGGGGAGCUGGGCGCGGGCCACGGCGGCCACGCGGGAGCCACGGCACCCGGCGCGCUUCACUUCAACCAGUGCUUGUCAGCCGAGGAGAUCUUCGCCCUGCAUGGCUUCUCCAAUGCCAGCCGGAUCACCAGCGCCGACUUCCCCAGCAUCUGCCCGGCCGUGCUGCAGCAGCUGACCUUCCACCCCUGCGAGGCCCAGCCCAGGCCCUCUUCCAAGCCCAGCUUGUCACAAGUCUGGGGCUACGGGCUGCUCUCCGUCACCAUCAUCAACCUGGCCUCACUCCUCGGCUUGGUCCUGACCCCGCUCCUCAAGAAGUCCUACUUCCCCAAGAUCCUGACCUACUUUGUCGGGCUGGCCAUCGGGACUCUUUUUUCCAACGCAAUUUUCCAGCUUAUUCCAGAGGCAUUUGGAUUUAAUCCCAAAGUUGACAGCUAUGUGGAGAAGGCGGUGGCUGUGUUUGGAGGAUUUUACCUGCUUUUCUUUUUUGAAAGAACACUUAAGAUGUUACUAAAGACCUACGGGCAGCACGAUCACGCCCACUUCGGGAAAGACGACUUCAGCCCUCCUGACAAGACGCACCCUCCUAAAGCGCUGCCUGCCGUCAACGGGGUGAUGUGCUACGCCAACCCCGCUGUCACGGAGUCCAACGGGCAGGUGCACUUCGACUGCACCAGCGUGGUGUCCCUGCAGGAGGGCAAAAAGGAGUCCAGUUCUUCUGGCUGUCUGAAGGGCCCCAAGCUAUCUGAAAUCGGGACGAUUGCCUGGAUGAUCACACUCUGCGACGCCCUCCACAACUUCAUUGAUGGCCUGGCCAUCGGGGCAUCCUGCACGCUGUCCCUGCUGCAGGGCCUCAGCACGUCCAUCGCCAUCCUGUGUGAGGAGUUUCCUCAUGAGCUUGGGGACUUUGUGAUCCUGCUGAAUGCGGGGAUGAGCACACGGCAGGCCUUGCUGUUCAACUUCCUCUCCGCCUGCUCCUGCUACGUGGGACUGGCUUUUGGCAUCUUGGUGGGCAAUAAUUUUGCCCCGAAUAUCAUCUUUGCGCUGGCUGGGGGCAUGUUCCUCUACAUUUCUCUGGCGGAUAUGUUCCCGGAGAUGAACGACAUGCUCAGGGAGAAGGUGACAGGGAGGAAGAAGGACUUCACUUUCUUCCUGAUCCAGAACGCGGGGAUGCUGACGGGCUUCACUGCCAUCCUGCUCAUCACCUUGUACGCCGGGGACAUCGAGCUGGAGUGACGGAUGCCCGUGGCGGUGUCCUUAAGGAAGGCAGUUCACAAAUAAAUCAUCUCCAGAGGGAUUUCUAUGCUUACUUAGUUAAAAGAUGCUUUUGUUUUAAAACAUAGGUCAAGAAAACUGAUUAUUGGUUUCAGAUCUAUGAAAGAGACUCUCAUUUGUUGUCAAAAUGCUUCAAAAGGUGUUCAGUUCGGGUCUGAAACGCCUGGUGUGUGAGGCAUUCGGUGAAGGCCCGGUUUCCAGUGGCUCAUACACAUUAACAAAUCACCAGGAAUGCAUUUUAUAAUCACAUCGACUUGGCAUCGAGAUCUAGGGAAAGACGCAGGAUAGGUCAUGCGAGGCUUUAAAACUCAGUGGGAUCAGUUUCAAGCGGUUUCACAGUGGUUUUCUUUCAAUUAAUUUGUUCUAGGGCUUCAAGAGCAGGUACCUGAAAAUGUGGAAGAAAAACAAAACACACAACACAGAUAUAAGUGAUCCCACGGCCUCAGUGAACCCAAGAAAGAAAGACUGUGCUGAGCGUUUGUUCUGUUUUGUAUUGCCGUCAGGAUCUUGUAACACUGUGUUAAAAGCCUUCCAAAAUAAUUUGAACUAAUAAAUAAAUAAAGACUGGUGAGCCCUA